AUUUACCUCUCACACGUCAUACAAUUUCGCGAAAAAAAACGCAUGGCAGUGAAAUAUUUCCUUAAAAAUAAAUACUUAAAUUGACACCUCAUUUUUAAGUUAUUCAUAAGGUUUUACCAGUGUGUGAUGUCUUUUAAACUUUACGAUAUCAUUUCCCAUCAAUGUCAACUUGCUCAUUCUGAGACAUUGUUGAUUAUAAAAUGGCUUUCUGUUUAAAGAGAUUUAUGCAUAUUCAAAGGAGUUUAGUGUUUAAGAAUUCCUUGCAAAACACUUUCGGGCCUUGCAAUAUUCAUACAGUAUGGGCUUUAAACAAAAAGCAUGACUCUCAGCCCAUUCUUCCAGAUGCAAACAAUCUGUCAAAAGUUAGAAAGAGAAAACAACCACUUGCCAUUCAAUAUUUAAGAGAUCUGAAUGAAAGUUCAGUUACAGAAAUUCUGAAUGAUAGAGAAGUCAGUAAAGGUGAACAAGUGGACGAAAUUAGAGAACAGAUUGAAGUCUUAAAACAAAUGAAAGAACAAAUGAAAAGUGAAGUCAAGGAUUAUAAACAUCAAUUGAAGCAGACAAAUGUAGAAGAUGUCCAUGAAAAUGAGCAGGAUGAUAUGUAUGUCCAAAAAUCCUAUAUGUUAGGAACUCCUAAUGAAAAGUCUGAGCUUUCAGAAGUGCCGUGUGGGGGAUGUGGUGCUAUGCUGCACUGUUUAGACCCUGCCAUUCCCGGCUUUGUUCCACAAGAGGUAUACAAAACAAACAAAUUAGACGAAAUCAAGUGUCGGAGGUGCAUGUAUAUAACCUGGAAUGAAAAUCAGAAUGUUGUACAAGAAGUUGAUAUGAAUGUUUAUAAAAGUAUAUUUCAUAGAAUAAAGAAAAAUAAUUCCCUUGUUUUAAUGGUGGUUGAUGUUAAUGACCUAGCAAAUAGUUUUAUUCCGGAUUUUCUCAAGCUGAUAGGAAAUAGAACUCCUUUAGUUGUUGUUGGAAACAAAGUUGAUUUAAUUCCUAAAGAUAGCAAGGGGUAUUUGGACAGAAUUCUGUCCCGCAUGGCAGAGGAAUGUUACCAGGCCAACCUAGUUGCCAAGGACAAUAUCAAGCAUGUGUGUUUAGUGAGUGCAAAAACUGGCUAUGGAAUUGAGGAGCUGGUCAAUAAGUUGUUUAACUUUUGGAAGAACGAAGGAAAUGUCUACUUGGUGGGUGUUACCAACUCUGGCAAGUCCACUCUCUUCAACAAGCUGUUGGACUCUGACUUCUGCAAGUACACAUGUAGAGACAUUGUACAGCGAGCUACUGUUUCCAGAUUGCCAGGAACAACCAUGAAUGUCCUUGGGUUCCCAAACAUGAGAGCCAGGAACUUUUACCUCGCCUUACGAACAGAGCGUUUGAUUGCCAACAGGGAGCGCGAACAAGCCUUGUUCAAGAAGCAGAAGGAUAAACUGAAAAGAUAUGGUCGAAGUGACAAUGCUGUACUGAAAGGCCACGUUGGGAAGACAGAGUUCCGUUCUGAAGAGGAGGUGGAGAAAUGGAGGGAGAAGCAUGCCAGCACUGGCAACUCCUUUGCCACAUACUCACUGGACUCAUUGACACCUGAAGCUGACACAGAUAUCAAUGAGGAGACGGAGGUGAAGCCAGAGUCACUGCUGCUUCCACGCCGGACCAUUCUUCCUGAUGAGUUCCCUGACAGCUGUUGGACAUACGAUACUCCUGGACUGGUAAACCCGGAUCUGGUUGUGAACUACCUAACCCAAGAUGAGUUGAAGUUGGUUCUCAAACAGAAGGUGAUACAUCCGCGCACCUUUGUCAUGAGGCCGGGAACCACCAUGUUCAUCACAGGGCUCGCUAGGAUUGACUACCUCGAGGGUGUGCCCAACACGCUGUUCACUGCACACAUUGGCAUGAUGCUUCCUGUUCAUGUGAUGGACACUGAGAAGGCAGAUGAGUUCUACAUGCAGACUAUAGGCACAGAGACACUUGGGGUACCACUUGGUGAUGCUGACCGCUUACAGAGGCUAUCCAGCCUAUGUGGUCAGCAGUUUACAGUGGAGACCCAUGAUUCAAACACAGCCAGCGCUGACCUCCAGCUUUCCUCUCUAGGUUGGGUGUCCAUCGCCUCAAAACCCAGUUCCGUGGUACUGCGCGCAUUCACCCCUGGGGGUCGGGGUAUGCGCUUGAGAUCUCCUGCCAUACUUCCCAAUAUUCUGGCGUUCAAGGGCGAGCGCAUUCCACACACAAAGAAGUACCAGAUGCGUAAACUCCAGUUGUAGACUAGAGACCAUGAACGUUUAUUGGAUUUGUGACUAAAAAAUAAGAACCAAUGAAACAGUUAAAACUCAAAAUAGGAACCAAUGAUGUGAGUUGUAACUCCUUGUAUGUAUUGGAUUUAUAACAAAAAAUAUGAACAACUUCAAAGAAGUUUUAACUCAAAAUAUGAACCAAAAACAAUGUUGGCUACAUGCUGGUUUCAAGCUUCAGCGGUCAAUAGAUGUAAUUUGGACAGAGAAGAUUGCAUUUUUAUGAAGUCUGUGGUGUUAUGUGCUCAGAAAGAGUUGUAACAGAUAUUUUGAUAAUAAAAUAUGAUAAUAUAAACGGAAUGGAUUUAAGUGAGUAUACAGACAUUUAACACUAGACCUUUUGUGGGCAGGUAAACAAUACAUGUAGAAAAUAGUCUUGUUAAUUAUAAGUUUUCUCAUUAUGGAACGCUAAUGAACUUCAAUGAUUCAUUUAGAGGAUAUUAAUUUUAUUUCUGAGAAACCCUUUAUCAUUUUAUGAGUGGUCAUACGCCUGUUAAAAUGGUCUGCACUAACAAUCACUUUAUAUUUUUUCAUACUUUUACACAUUAAAUGGAUUAAAAAAAUAUGUCAGAUUUA